AUGUCUACAUUCUACGAUCUCCCGAAAACUUCGUUGGCUGUUUUUUCAGCCGACGAUCCAAUUAAAGCCUACGAAGUCCUCUUCUCCGCUCUUGAAAAUCCUGGCUUCAUCUGUCAAGAGUCGUGUGCCAUGUGGCACUCUGAAUAUCACCCAGAAGUCGCUGUUUCAACGUUCUCAACGGAUUCAGAAUUGAAUCCAGACGAUGUGACGUCUUCUGAGGUCGUUUUCGCGGAUUUCGACUUAUAUGUGCUGACAUUUGGACUUCCCAAAGCGCUGAGGCUUAUCAAAUCGCUGAAAAACAAAAAGAGAAUCUUCAUCGUCUCAGCGAACUCCUUUCCAGUGUCGCCUCAUCUUGAGCAUUUCACAAAUGCCAGUUUUUCAAUAAAAAGCACAGAAAAUCCGCUGGUUUUCGAGUCAUUAACGACGGUGUUCGAUAAGAAGGGAAAUUUGUCAGUUUCGGACCAACUGAUCACUGUUCAAACCGGCGGAAAGCCGACGUUUAAAAUCAUCAAGAAGGUAGAAACUCCAAUAGAAGCAUCCAUUUCAACGAUGCCUUCAGCCACGGAGGAAGCUGGAAAAGGAGCCAUGGAUUUGCCCUUUUUUGUUGGAAGGCAAGAAGAUGGAGUCGCCAUUCGUGACGCUGCCACCAAGAAGAUCCGAGUGGGCGGUCAAAUCGUUUAUGAGCCGGAUCGAGACGACGAUCUGGAUGAUAGUGACCCGGAUGACGACUUGAAUAUCUAA